AUGGCUCCAGCGACCUCAGUGUCGCAACAGUUUCUUCUCUCCCCUGCGGAGCUGUCCUUUCUGCACAGCUCGCUGUCGCUGGUGCCUCCAAUCCGGCCUGACGGUCGCUCCCCGACCCAGUUUCGCCCUCUCGUGGCAGAAAGCGGCAUCCUGCCAGCAGCCAAUGGUAGCGCUCGCGUUUGCUUUGCAGAUGGGACCGAGGCGAUUGUGGGAGUCAAGGCCGAAGUUGAGAAGAGCAGUGUGAGACCGGGGGCGCUGGGUGACCUGAUUGCAGAUGAGGCUGAAGAUGAUGACGACGUCGCGGAGGACAAUGGCAACGGGAAGCAGGGAGCUGGGGAAUCAGGCUGGGUCGAACUUAGUAUCGAAGUACCUGGAUAUCGAGACGACGAUGCCCUGCCUAUAUUCUUGUCUGCAAUGCUUACGGAGGCUCUGGUUGCCGACGGAAGACUGAAAGACCGUCUUUGGAUCAACCGUAGGUUCCAUUGGAAGCUUUCCAUCGACAUCCUCCUGCUCUCGGCGCCACUCACAUACCCCCUACCCCUCCUUUCGAUCACAACCCACCUAGCUCUGCUGUCGGCUCGUCUCCCGAAGUUGAUAUCAGAGGGUGACGAGGACCCUCUUUUCGACGACGAUUGGGAUGCUUCCACCUAUUUGUAUCCGUUAAAUGCAAAGGGCGAGCGGAUGUUUCGACCAGCGAUCACACUCCUGGUCAUGUCUGUAGGCCCGAACUUCAUCUUCGAUCCUUCCAAGGAAGAGCUCGCUGUUGCAGACGGAGUGUUGGCGGUUUCCGCAGGAAUGACAGAAGCUGCUUCCUUGCAGUCUGGAACCAAGCUCAGACUACUCUCCCUACGAACCAUAGAUCCUCCUUCGAGGCUAUCACCGCCUGGAUUACCCAACGCACUAAACCACAUUGCCAUGGGCACGGCACCACUCCCUCCUUUGGAGGCAUUUGCUGCAAGAGAAGCAACGCAGGAUAUGGGUGUGUGGAAUCCGCCUCGAGGUGGCAUCAAGAGACAGGUCGUUGCGCAGAUUGUCAAGGCUGUGCUUGAACCAGGAGGAGUGGCAGAAGAGGUAAUGGAAGGGCUGGUCAAUGUGGCGACAUGA